AGUUCUACGAGAUGGCGCGAGAUGAACUUCCUACGACCUCUCUGUGUGGAUCAGUGAUGUAACAGCAGUGCACGUAAACGGAGUUAACCUCUCUGGAAAUAUUCAGUUUGGAAAAGAUCGGUGUUUAUAAAAUCCUGAGGCUCACGUAAUCGAGACAAUCAUGGCGCGAGUGCCAGAGAUCCCGGACACCAGUGCCACGCCGGCGGAGAGGCCCAUGUCCAUAAAGCGCCGCGUGGGACAGGAAAGGGAGCGAAUGCUGGGGAUGACGGACGAGGAGCGGGCGUGGAGGAAGAAGUGGCUGGACGCGCAGAAGCUCGCGCCCGAGGAGCCGGUGGUACCGAAGGGCUACUACGAACAGAUGUACAACCCGAUCAGGCGGCUCUACAUGGCGCCUGGGAACAAAUUCCAGAACAUGCUGGAGCCGCUUAUAGGUUACGUACCGGCGUACGUAACGCGACGCGUUCUAACCAGAAGCAUGAUGGGCCUCUUUGCAGUCUAUUGUUUCUAUUAUCAUCUGAAGUACAACAAAAUGAACUGGACGAGGAAUGGUGGAUUCAAAAUCACAUUUUCCAGGCCGAGCAUGUAUCCCGACACUAAAGAUUUAAGUGUCUUGUACAAAACGAAGGGUAAUCAAUUCUAUGUAAACGAUUUCGACAAGUCUCCUAUAUAAAUAUAAAAAAUGCGCUACUUAUACCUUGUAUAGUUACAUUUAACAUCGUUAAACUUCACUAAAGAGUAAGAAACAUGAUGUUGCUAAUAAAUGUCAUUAGUAAUAAAUUA